AUGGCGUGGCGAAGCAGCGGCACCAGCAACGAGACCCUGGUCGAGAAUCUGUGGCGGCAUAAUCUGCUUUCUUCGCCCGUCGUCAAGGCUGCCUUUCUCAAGGUUGACCGUGGCCACUACUCGCCCAGGCUUCCUUACGAAGACUCGCCACAAUCCAUCGGCCACAGCGCCACCAUCUCGGCUCCGCACAUGCACGCCAACGCCGUCGAGAGUCUGCUCAAGUACAUUGUCCCCAUUGGCGGUGGCGGCGCGUCAGAGCAGCUCAAGGAUGGAGAGGGCGAGGAUCUCGGUCCGCCCGGCCGGAAGGACUCCAAGGUGGAUGAGGAGCUCGCGGAUCUUCACGCCCUAGGUGUGCCCGGCCGACCCCGGCGCAUCCUGGACAUUGGGUCCGGCUCCGGGUAUCUGACGCACGUGAUGGCAGAGCUGGCAGGCGAGGGCAGCGUCGUGGUUGGCGUCGAGCACAUCCAGGAGCUACGUGACCUCGGCGAGGCCAACAUGGCCAAGUCCCCCGAGGGCCGGGCCUUGCUGUCGAGUGGGCGGGUCCGGUUUCGUGUUGGUGACGGCCGCAAGGGCUGGGCCGAGCCGUCGAGUCCCGGGGGUGAGCAGCCGGGUGUCGGGGGAACGGCGGACGAGGAUGGUGGCUGGGAUGCCAUUCAUGUUGGCGCUGCUGCUAUUGAGCUGCACCAAGAGCUGGUCGACCAGCUGAGAAGUCCCGGGCGCAUGUUCAUACCAGUUGGGGGCAAAGAUGGCUGGGAUCAAUUUAUCUGGACUGUGGACAAGGACCGCGAGGGCAAGGUUACCAAGAAGAGAUUGUACGGCGUCAGAUAUGUGCCCUUGACGGACGCUCCGGGUAGAAGUGUGCGAGGUUUGCAUUGA